UUUGAAUGCUUUCACAGAGUGAAGCAGAGGUGGUCUGCCACACUUUAUUUGGAAUUGUGCAACAGCAGAAGAUAGGGCUAAGCUGUGUAAGAGAUAAACACUGAUGACGACAGCAUUAAAGUCCAUCAGGCUGGAGCUUCUUGAACUAUAAAGUCAAAGGAUUGUUGCUGUCACUAUGUCUGUGUUACUUUCAUGAUGGCUGCUGCUGAGACAGAUUCCAAAGGUCUCUUUUCUCUGUACCCAUAUCAUGUUUCUGAAGAGCUCGGCUUCAUCCUUCCUGAGCCUCUGGAAGAGCUUCCACCUUACUACCAGCCAUGGAUGGAUAUUACCUGGCAACUCCCAGAGCUUGUGCACUCUCACAAGCUGCGUGCUCAUAUUAACAAGAUGCCACUGCUGAGCAGCAGUUUUCUGAAGAAACACAAGGAGCUACGGCUGGCCCGCCUGGCUCUCGGCAUGAUGACCAUGGGCUACGUCUGGCAGGAGGGAGAGGACAACCCAGCUGAGAUCCUGCCACGUAACCUGUCUGUUCCAUACUGGGAGGUGUCACAGCGCUUAGGACUUCCUCCAAUUCUCACCCACAACGAUGUAGUGUUAGCUAACUGGAAAAAGAAGGAUCCAGAAGGGCCUUUUGACUUGGAGAAUCUGGAGCUGCUGUUCAAUUUUCCAGGUGGAGAUGGUGGCCAAGGUUUCUUCAUUGUCAAUCUGCUGGUGGAGCUGGCAGCGGCUCCUGCACUGAGGAGCAUCCCCACUGUGAUCAAUGGUGUCAGGUGUGGUGACACUGAGGCUGUGGCCAGAGCUCUGGAGGACAUUGGCCAGUCUAUACAGGACAUGACAGAUACAUUCAAACUGAUACAAAUGCAUGCAGAUCCUUUGUUCUUCUAUGGCGUUUUGAGGAUCUAUCUAUCUGGGUGGAGGGACAACCCCUGUAUGCCAAAGGGGUUAAUCUAUGAAGGGGUCCAAACAGAACCGAUGCAAUAUUCAGGUGGGAGUGCUGCACAGAGCAGCCUCCUGCACUGCUUUGAUGAACUUCUGGGUGUCAAGCAUGAUGAAAAAAGUGGUGCCUUUCUAACACGCAUGAGGGGCUACAUGCUACCUGCUCACAGGCAACUGAUCCAGGACAUCUCAUUACAGCCCUCCCUAAGGAGUUUUGUUCAGCAGCAUCCCAGUGAGCAGCUGAACCAGGCCUUUCAUCUCUGUGUCACAAAACUGCUGGCUUUGCGCAACUACCACAUCACUGCCGUCAGCCGCUUCGUCACUGUACCUGCUGCUCAUGCACGACGGCUCCGUAACCAGAGACAGGGCUUAGAAGGGGAGUUGAUCAAUAGAGCACCCAUAGCACUGGAGGAGAAGGGCACCAGUGGCUCCAACAUCAUGAUAUUCCUAAAAACUGUCAGGGACCAAACAAAAGAUGCCUUCCUGCCUGAGACAAGCAUGAAUCUGAUAUGAACUGUCAUCAAUGAGACGACACAACUGAGUGUCAUCAUCACAUAAACAGGCAGUAAAUCACCCCUGACAUACCUGAAACACACUAUUUUCUCUUGCAUUAAAAGGAUGCCUUUUGGCAGAAUGAGAAAGCGAGGCCUCUGUUAUUUGUCUUACAUGUAGUUUUGUUGUGUCUGUAAACAAACCUCAGCUUCAUUCAUUCCAAACCAUAAUCAAACCAUUAAUGCUUUCUUUCCACCAGUUCCUUCUUUAAUCUGAACCGGAAUGAGAAAAAAAAACCCCAUCAGACAUUUGUUCCAGACCCACACCACAUCUACAGACCAUUUAGACAUUAGACAACCUCCAGUAGGUCAAUACUACACCCUCUUGGAGAGAGCGGUUGUGAGAUUAAGAUUAAAUGUGGCAACAGUGGGUGUUUUUUGAAAGCAUCCACUAAGGUUACUGGUACUGCUUAAAAAGUAAAAUGAAUAAUAAUUGAGUUGAGUUUCCAGCUGUGGAAAAAAAAAACAAAGGCACUGCAAUACCUUGUGAAACCAUGGCAUGGCACUAAAGGGCAGCAUUAAAAUUCCCACCAAGGGAACAUUUCACAGUUUGCUUUUGAA